AUGGCGCCCGAUAGAGGCUCAGCACCAGUCCGCCGAAGCUCGUCCAGCUCACUCGAUCGAGCACUCACUGAAGAAGAUCAUGAGUUGUCUCAAACCACGCUCCUCAAUGAAGCCACGACCGAAAAUCCUGUCGCAAAGCAGAUCACUCAGUCUGACCUCGGUCUUUAUGCCACGAAGUCGAGUCACCAUGAGAGCGUGGUCGACGCCACGAACUUCACCUUCCGAGGUGUAACUGCUGGUCUGCUCAUUGGGGUCAUCAUCUGCUUCUCAAACACGUACUUUGGUCUACAGACAGGAUGGGUCAGUGGAAUGUCUAUGCCUGCCUCGCUAAUCGGCUUCGCCUUCUUCAAGAGCGUCUCGAAACACCUUAAGCUACCCUUCACUCCGGUCGAGAAUGUCCUUGUGCAGACAGUCGCAGGUGCUGUUGGAACGAUGCCGCUGGGAUUGGGCUUUGUGGGAGUCAUGCCCAGCUUGGAAUUUCUACUCAAGAAGAGCGAGGGUGCACCUGUCGACCUGAGUCUGUGGAGACUGAUUGUCUGGGGCGUCGGCUUGUGCUUGUUCGGAGUAGUGUUUGGAGUGCCACUACGCAAGCAGGUCAUCAUAAGAGAGAAGCUCAAGUUUCCUAGUGGAACAGCUACAGCACUCAUGAUCAGCGUGCUGCAUGGCGGAGCCCACGAAAAAGGCGAGGUUCAGACACAAGGCACUGAAGAGCGGGAGCAGUUGUUACACGGCACAGAAGAGGAGGACGAUGAUCGAGAUAACAGCAAGCAUACAAAUGAGGAAGAUAUGAGACAAGAUUGGAAAAAGCAGAUAGAGUUCCUGCUGACUGCAUUCGCAGGUUCUGGACUCUACACCCUUAUUCAAUAUUUUAUACCAGUGUUGCACAGACUGCCUAUCUUUGGCAGAUACCUGGCUGAUACCUGGGUCUGGACGCUGAAUCCUUCCCCAGCCUAUGUCGGACAAGGCAUCAUCAUGGGACCUGCGACGACGUUACAUAUGCUCUUGGGAGCUAUAAUAGGUUGGGCUGUGCUGAGUCCCGUUGCAAAGCACAAAGGUUGGGCACCUGGACCAGUUGACGACUGGGAGACUGGAAGCAAAGGUUGGAUAGUAUGGGUCAGCUUAGCUAUCAUGCUUGCAGAUGCUGUUGUUAACCUUGGCUGGCUGGUUCUUCGUCCUGUCAUAUACUAUGGACCUCAAUUUGCCAGAACUACAGCCGAGCGGUACAAGGGCAGUUCUGAUGUCAAGGAGUUCAUGUGGUCCCAUUUGUCCAGCAGUCAUUUUGACUACAGUCGAGUCGGCGACGAGGACCGCACAGCGAAACGCGGUCAGGACGAUAUGCCAGACGAUGCACCAGCACAUCACUUGAUAUCUGGUCGUGCCGUUUCGAUUUGGCUGCCAAUCACCCUGAUAAUAUGCGUCGUGUGUGUGCACAUUACGUUCGGAGAAUACAUGCCUCUCUCGUUGAAUAUAUUGGCAUUGUUCCUUGCUCUCCUUCUCAGCAUUAUGGGCGUUCGAGCUCUUGGAGAGACUGAUCUCAACCCAGUCAGUGGCAUAUCAAAGCUUACACAGCUCUUGUUUGCACUGGUACAGCCAACAGGAACACACGCUCACCAUGCAAUCAUCAUUAACCUCUUAGCAGGUGCAAUCUCCGAGUCAGGAGCGCUGCAGGCGGGCGACAUUCUCCAAGACUUAAAAGCAGGCCACCUCAUUGGAGCAAGUCCGAAGGCACAAUUCUAUGGUCAGCUCAUCGGGUCAGUGGUUGGCGCAGUACUCAGUGCUUGUGUUUACAAGCUCUAUGUCAAUGUCUAUGAUGUGCCUGGUGAGCUUUUCCAGGUUCCUACCGCGUACGUCUGGAUCUUUACAGCACGACUAGUCACAGGCCGAGGCCUACCCGACAUGGCGUGGCAAUACGCGCUGGGUGCUGGUGGGAUAUUCGCAUUAACCACAAUCAUUCGCAUUUAUCUUGCAGCAGGUGAAGAAGGCAGUUGGAGAAAAAAGUUGCAUCCUUGGAUACCUGGCGGAAUUGCUGUUGCUGUCGGCAUGUACAAUACUCCUAGCUUCACGUUGGCGAGGACUGUUGGUGGAUUGAUAAGUCUAUGGUGGGUGACGUUGAAAGGUAACGCUGAGACACGUGUAAUUGUGCUUGCUUCCGGAUUGAUUCUAGGCGAGGGUGUGGUCAGCAUUUUGAAUUUGGUGUUGGCUAGUUUGAGCGUGCCUCAUCUAUAG